AUGUAUGAACUGAAGAAUUCUAAUGCUCACAGGAUCGGGGUGUAUGGAGUUGGAGGUGUGGGUAAAAUUCUACUUGCCAAAGAAGUUUAUAGGCAAGCUCGAGAAAAUAAAAUGUUAUUUGAUGAUGUGGUUAUUCUCCUAGAUGUCAAGAGAAAUCCAGACCUGGGAGUAAUUCAGAGCAAGAUUGUUCGUCAGUUAGGUAUGAAGAUUAUUGACAAUGAGAAUUUAGAUGGAAGAGCAAGUCGUCUAUGUGCCAGGAUACUAGACAAGAAGAUUCUUGUGAUUCUGGAUGAUGUUUGGGAACAAAUUGACUUGGAUGCUCCGGGACUUCCUAGUCUCCCUACUUGCAAGAUAUUUCUAACGUCUGGAAGUAAAGAAGCAUAA